AUUACUCGUGCCAUUGUUUCGCUAUAUUUGACCAGGUAUCAUGAAUGACAGAUUGGUAAUCAAUAAUCCUUGUUAGCAACGCAAAAGAGCUUAGAAGCUGCCGUCAACUGCGUCAUAGUCGUGGAACAUAAAACUGAUAGAGUCCCUGGCACCGUCAAAGGUUAGACCCGUAAUCUGUAGUAUUACCGGGCAUCAGUACCACAGACGAAAUGUCACUGUCUCAAGAGUAGAAAGAAUGCUGUGUUAGGUAAUCAUCUGUGGUGGCUCUCUGUUUUGGUUCGACCUGUCAAAAAGAUGGUGCUUCUCUACGUCAGAGAUAACCGCCCUCUGACGCAGGUGUACGGACCCGCACCCCUCAGCCAAUAGCUGUCGGCUGGAAUAAUUGCUUAAACAGUGUGAGGCAACUACUUCAAACAAAGCACGUCUUUUCGUACUUGGUUUUAGAGCCAACACUAACGUUAUCGAGGCAAUCAGACGAAUGCUCAGUCACCGAGGCGAAGAGAACUUCACAACUUGCCCAAAGGGGAACCACAAAAAUGGACUCAAUUGCGAGUCCGCGCAGCCAGCCGUUCAGUGAGACCUUCCUUGACCUUGGUGCUGAAAGAAGUGUUUCUUCAACGGAAAACUCGAUGCGUUGGCGGCAUUAUGACCUUAGUGUCUUAAAGUCAGACUAACGCGAUGAUAUCGAUCUGUUAAAAUGUCGCACUUCAGAAAAACCAUCCUCACGUGGCCCCAUUGUUCCGCCCAGUCACACGCCAUGAAAACGCCUAUUGUUCCCAAAUCCUUCUCGUGUAAACACGAAAAGACAUCCCCGGGAAACCUGUGUUCGCAGACUCCGCCGUGCUUUCAAUAGAGACCUUUAAACAAAGGGGAUCCUUCGCGCGAUACGUCAAUAGUGUAAUUAUUGCCCCUGGAUAGAUCUACUACAAACUGCGUAUUAUCGGACUUUGUUCGCAGUAAGUGGCCGUUGUGCGCGAAUCCGUCACAACGUUUACGGGGACAAUUUGUACAGAUGUACGGAGAUCCUAUUGUGAAGUCGAGAGUGUCAAGUGGUGUUGACUGAACCCAUAUGUUAGUAAACAGUGCACACGGGGCAUGUCCUGCGGCCAGCCGGUGGGACAUGUCUCCCCGGCCCCCGUCAGUGGUUCGGCCCAUCACGACUGACAGAUGGCAAGAGCAAACGACGCCCCCGUACGGUACAUGCAGGAGUGGAGCCGCCGAUUUAUCGUCAAUGAUGCAAAAAAUGUCCAGGGAAAGUGGAAAUUCAAUAGUACAUAAGAUGACGUUAAAGACACUUAAUCUCUUUUCUGUAGCCUUCCUCAGACCAUCCAAUCAUCUAACAUAACCGUUGAAUCUUUCAAAGCCGAGGGUUUGGUAAACUGGUGAACGUUUCUUCCAUCGAUCAAAAGUGCGAUCGCUGAAUAAUGCCCUCUUCAUUACGCUUUACCUUUGGAAAACAUAACCUAAUCUGCAAAAUUCAACAAAACAGUGAUUCUGAUUCCACCCAGAUAAAUCCUACGCACUGCUGGUGUUUUAUUCUUUAAGCGUGUGAACCCCUUCUUCUGAAUCUGGCCGUUGGCAGCGGAUGGCACGAAGGGCUCUAAAGUUUCGCCUGCUGCAUGAAGAUCCAGCGAGUUCGCCUGCCCGCAACAGGUUCUGUGGAGGGGCUGGUGGGGAAUUCCUGCCGGCUCCACUCAAGUACCUUCGUCAAUGCCAAUCGCUUUAUGGGCGGUGAGUCUGUGCGGGGAUGUUGAUAAAUGGCCUGUUUCUGUGCGAGUAAAAGCACGCAGAUCUUGAGAUAUAUCGUACGUCAGUGUGGCACACAUGCCCGUUGUCUCAUCUCUCCGAGAAGUUCCCGUUGUAAAACAGAUGAGAAAUUUCCGCGCUAUCGGUUCACGGUAGUGUGGGCAAGUUGGGUCCCACUGCAUCAAGGCAAUUCCAAUUUCAGUGACGGUGCCCUCUAUUUCGAUCCUCAUAUUCGUUUAUCUUGUACAGGGAAGAGGAGCUCUCCAAGCCUUCGAAAAUCGAUAGGCAAUAUUGUAUCCCAACGACCCAGCGUUUCCCGUUUGCACGAACACUGCCAGAACGACUUGUGCGUCCUGGCGGCUGACAGUUUUUGCCACCACCCUAUUUGUACCUACUUUGCAUGUGGAAAAUUGGGAAAAUAACGUGAAGAGAUGGAUGGGGUUGAGGCCGCCCACCGCCGAUUGUAAAGCGCUGAGAUAGCGGGUAGGGCACACGUUCGUAUUCAACUGGUGCGCCGCUGCUGGAAAAUAUACGUUGUUGCAGUCCCAGAAGAGGGUUGCUAACAAAGAAGCACGUCACUCGAAACAAUGCAGCACUCCGCCCUAUCUGGAGUCCGCGUUCGAGGUUGAGCACCGUCACGCUAGCCGGGAGAGGAGCUUCUCGGGUUGGAACAACAGGUGUCCCGGCAACCAACAGGUUGAGCGGCCCGCGCAAGCCUGAUCAAGGCGGGUGGUGGUUAGUCGGACCCGGAACUCGGCAGGCCCAGCCUCGCACAGGAACCACAACAGUCAUGCCACGGUCGUUCCUCGUCAAGAAAGUCAAGGCGGAGGAGUGCAGCUACCCGGCUGCCGCCCUGCAACCCGGGCCGGGCAUGGCGCAGACCUGCAUGCCCAGACCACCGCAGAACGGACAGAGCCUCACCGUACGACUGAGUAACGGUUACAUCCACGACUACAUCCCGCCGGUGUACCCGCAGGAUGCCGUGGACUGUCAGCAGAGCGUCACGGCGACGGGGACCGGGACGAUGGUCUAUGACAUACGGGCCACGGCGAAUGACCCUCCGCCCCCGCUGCCGUCCCAUCCGCACGCGCCCGCACAGGAGUACGUCAAACCCCAGAACUACCCGACAAUACACGACCAGACCAGCGUGGCGGACAUGCAGGAGAUGCAAGACAUACAGAACAUGAACAAAGUGCAGCAGAACUCGACAAAGACUGUGGGAUAUAUCCAGUGCGACGCGUUUUACAUUACGGACGGACGGUCCCGCAGGAAAAACGGCGAGUCCCCGGCUCGGGCCCAGCGAUACACGUGUAACGAGUGUGGGAAACAGUACGCGACGUCGUCCAACCUUUCGCGCCACAAGCAGACGCACCGACCGCUGGACUCUAAGCUGGCCAAGACGUGUCCGACGUGCGGGAAGGUGUACGUGUCCAUGCCGGCACUGUCCAUGCACGUGCUGACGCAUCAACUCUCGCACAAGUGCGAUAUCUGCAACAAGGCCUUCUCCCGUCCGUGGCUCCUGCAGGGCCACAUGCGCUCACACACCGGAGAGAAGCCCUUCGGCUGCGCCCACUGCGGCAAGGCCUUCGCCGACCGUUCCAACCUGCGGGCGCACAUGCAGACUCACUCCGCCUUCAAGCAGUACAAGUGUAAGCGCUGCAACAAAUCCUUCGCACUCAAGUCGUACCUCAACAAGCAUUACGAAUCUGCAUGCUUUAAGCAACAGUAGCAUUAAGAGGAAAUACAAAACGUCCGUUCACUUCCACUCACACACACAUAUAUUCAUGUAUAUACUAUCUAUUCCCGACAGAAAUCUCGUUCUUCCUACAAACUAGGAAUAGAAAAAUCUAUCGUGGGGUUGGGACCAAAAGUGGGCCAUGUGCAUGCAUGGCCAAUAAGGGCUUGGUCUGUUUUGACCUGUUAGACCCUGGUGUACGAGCAAACCUGGCUGUACUUUCAUGAUUGCAACCAGUGGGCCCCGCAGCUACAGGUUUCGAUUCGGGAGCGAACAAAGACAGUGUUACGGGCCGGGGGAUUCGGCGGGGUAAUAACUGGCGAAUUCUAGAUUAAUGUCUCCCAUUACCCUGUCAAGAUGGCGUCCGAAAAUAAUCCAAUAGCAAAUUUUGUAGUGCAAGGAUAAUAGUAAUGGGAAACGUUGUAUAUAGUCAUGUUGGUGUGUUACAAUUGCUUACAAUGUUAGAUAUACUUAGGACCGAUUCCUCUCUGUUUCAUGCAGCUUAGAACAAAGCACGAGGACGCUACAGUACAAUGACUUGUACCCAGCGAGACGGGCUCUACUUGAUUACACAUGCAACAGCCGUCAGCAGGGAAAUACGGGGUCUAAUGUUAGAUUUUCUAAUUUAUUCUAUUACCUCUCUAAUCUAUUCUAUAGCACAUUUGCCGAAAGGAGGAGUGUUACAGUGUUAGCCCUGAUGUGGGGACCUGUGUUACAUUGAUGUUAUUUUGGACUGAAUCGCGGCUUGCGAUGUAAAACUCGGAGUCAAAAGAAAAUGCAACAUGUUGAUGCCUGCAGCUUUAAAUCGUCUUCAGCCUGCACGCCGCUCGUCCUAGGGACCAUAAAUAGCAAUCAAAGAUGACGUUUUUGUAUGACUCAGGCCGGGAGAGUGCAAUGCGCCGUGAUGCGAUGCUGCAGAUACGGCAAAGCACGGCGUUUAUCAAAAAGUCGAGCGGCGACUAGGUGUGUAACAGGUAGUCUGUGAUCUAACAGGUAGCAGCGGGGAGGGGUGAUAGCUCUCGCGCUUGUGGACUAUGUCAAGCCGUGUGAAGGGAAAUGUUAAUAACGCCCUUUCUCUUCUUGGCACGCACGGCAUGCAAAAUUCAUGUGCUCUAAUUGAUUGAAAGAGGUCGUAACGUUCAUUCUGCUAUUGAUUCGGAUGGUGGGAGGGCUUCGCACGCCCACCUCCUUCAAAUCAACGCCGUUCCUAACACCAUAGAGCUCACCCCUCUUCGCGCUGCCAUGUCUUUCAUUACAAGGAAGACCGCUACAAUCAUUUCAUCUGUGUGUCAGAUACCAUGUGAACAUUUGUGCAAUUCUGUGACGUAUCAGUGGAGUUUCUGUGCAAUCCAGUGAUGAUAAUAUUAUUAUUUAUACGACACGAUACGAUAGACUGUAAAUGAUGGAUGUUUGACAAUGAUUUAUAAGUUCUGUAUAGCAACAGGAGCUAGCCUCCGACCCAGUCUUCCUAUCUCUACGACACAGUACCAAGCCAUUCACUAUUUUAAUCAACUGUACCUACAUGUGCGGUGAUACAUAGAAUAGCAAAUCUCUGUGAUUGAAGGGAGAAGUCCACGGGGACCGACUUUGUCAUUAUCUUCGCAAUCAUCAAGAGGCCAGGCAAGGGACUCACCGCUAUCUUUUUGUAACAAAUUCUAUGUACCAACAUUUUUAAUGCAAAAGAUAAACAUGUUUUUACAAAACCUUUCAGUUGAGUUUCUCAUCUGUAAAUAUUUAUCUGUAAAAUUAAUUGAACCAAAGGAUUAUGCUCAAUUCAUGUGUUUCGACUCCUACUUCUAUACUUUAAUCUUUUUCCGUCUGAUUUCUCUUUGUUUUUCCGAUACAACCGUCUCCAAUCUCGAUAAUUGAAGCAGAGUGAUUCACAUCACGACUAUUGGUGGAUUUGUCGAUGCUAUGAUAUCACAAUGGAAUGCCAUUCCCACGUACUUGAAAUUGAAUGCACGUUAGGGCUCUUCCAACGUAGUUUGAUAUAUGCAAUAUAAACUUCUAUGUCAAGACUCCGUAUCUACCGAAGGCGUGUGUGCCACUCGAAAUGUGUUUAGCAUGCGGCAAAAGGACUGGCAUCUCCAUUGUGACGUCAUGUGGUCGGAACCCUUCCCUGAAUGUUACUGGUCGGUCCCCGUGCCCUGACAGGAGGAGGGAGAGUUGAUCUCUCCGUUGUUAAUAAUGUAUGUGUCUGUCUCCAGACCGACUAUUUGCCAUCUCUGUACUGACGGCAGAUUUAGUAAAACAGACGGACGUCUAUAAACCACA